CCCUCGCCUGGUGGUUGGGUAUGGAAAUCUUGCGGAGAAGAGACGGAUGCGGUGGAGGUCAAGAGCAUCGAGGUCACACCCGAUCCUCCCAAGCCGGGUCAGAACCUCACCGUCACUGCUAGCGGUAUCGUCAAGAGUCGCAUCGAGGCAGGCACCUAUGCUGAUGUAGUGGUCAAGCUGGGUCUGAUCAAGCUCCUCACUCGUCGUUUUGAUGUAUGCGAAGAGGCCAAGAAGAACGAUGCAGAGGUGCAAUGUCCAGUGGAAGCUGGAGAGUACAAGAUCACUCAGACCGUCGCCUUGCCCAGAGAGAUCCCGCCUGCCAAGUUUAAUGUGCACGUGAACGGAGCUACUCAGGAUGAGCAGAAUCUUCUGUGCUUGGAUCUUAGCGUG